AUGCCACUAACAUACGGAACCGCUUACGAGUCCUUAUUGGAUCGGCUGGAGAUCAAAAAGGGAGAAAAGGUCGGUAUUCUGAUCAUCAAUGGCGCCGGUGGUGUAGGGGCCAUGGCAUCGCAAAUCGCGCGAUGGGUACUCGAGUUGCCUGUCAUGAUUACCACGGCAUCGCGACCUGAGACGAUCGAUUUCACGAAGAAGAUGGGAGCGACUCACGUUAUCAAUCAUCGGGAAGAUUUGAAGAAGCAGAUUGAUGAGCUCCAUCUUGAUGUGCCUAUCAAGUAUGUCUACAUCACCUAUUCCACGUCGCAGUACCUUGGUGUUUGUUCGGACAUCAUUGCUCCGCUGGGUAAGGUUUGCUCAAUCGUUCAAUCUCCCGAUAUGAACAUGUAUGGUACUCAGUUUAUGUCCAAGUCUCUAACAUUCGUCUGGUGCUGGCUUGGAUCGAGGAUGUACCAUGGCGUUGACACUAAUCAAUGGAAAAAGUUGGAAGAGCUCUCAGCUCUUAUCGACGCAGGCAAGAUUAAAUGCCACCUGACGAGGCGACUGCAAUUGGAUCUUGAAGGAAUUAAAGAGGCACAUAGGAUCCUUGAAUCUGGCAAGGCCAUUGGAAAGACGAUCCUAAUCAGCUACGACACCGUAGAGAUAUAUCAGCAAUACGGAAGCAUCAUCGAGCAAAUGACCAAGGACAAAUUCGCAGAGAAGGGAGCCACGGAGCAGACCUUGUUCAUCUCUAUGAGGAGCAUGCCUCCUAUACAUACCACUUCAUUUGUCGCCCCGGAGAAUGUUACCGUGGAUGAUCUGAAGGAGGUUCAGUUUCCUGAAGGUGUACACGUUGAUAUUCACCAGGAAGCAUGA